GUCCUCUACCGUGGUUCCUAAUAUUCUGCUAAGUCCAGCACCUAUUCUACGGCAAGUGAUGAGAUCAUUUCUCGCACCCAGAUAUCUGAACAGGCAUACAGCAUUGCCUCUCCGUCAGACAACUGCAUCUUUAUCGCGUUUCUACUCCUCACCUACCAACCAAAAACGACCUCCACCAGGUGGGCAAGGGACGCAGCUAAGUUUCCUUCCCUUCCUUGGCCUGUUCUUUCUUAGUACUGGCACGUAUAUAUUUCUUGUGAAGCGAAGGACCGGGCAGCAAGUGAACGAUACUCGCCGAAAAGCCCACAACGAGAGCUGAGCGAAAUCCACGUCAAGAUGGCGACGAUCGAUCCAACUUCAGGCACAUCGCCUGUGAUUCAACCAGAUGCUCCGUUGGCGUCCAGUAACGUCUCUCCCGUCUUUGACUCUCAGAAGGUCACGGUUCUCUUCAUUCUUGGUGGACCCGGCGCCGGCAAAGGCACGCAAUCCGCCAAUCUGGUGCGGGAUUAUGGAUUUGUACACUUGUCGGCUGGGGAUCUACUGAGAGAAGAGCAAGACAACCCAGAAAGCAGAUAUGGGCAGCUUAUAAAAGACUACAUCAAAGAAGGACUCAUCGUGCCAAUGGAAGUCACCGUCAAGCUUUUGGAAAAUGCAAUGCGGGCAAACUUGCACGAUGAUGGCGUGGGCAAAUUUCUGAUUGACGGAUUCCCUCGCAAGAUGGACCAAGCAGUCUUUUUCGAACAAACUGUAUGUCCUUCCAAAUGCACGGUCUUCCUUGAUUGCCCGGAGGAAGUCAUGAGGGCACGGCUAUUGAACAGAGGAAAGACGAGCGGCAGAUCAGACGAUAACGAGGAGAGCAUUAUCAAGAGAUUCAAGACUUUUGUCAACACGAGUAUGCCGGUGGUUGAUCACUUCUCACAGGAGGGCCGAGUGAUCAAGGUAUCUGCCGAUGGAACAGUCGACGCAGUGUACGAGCAUCUGGUCAAGGCGCUAGCGGAGAAGGGCAUCUCGCCAUCCAAACCUGCUCCCCAACAGAAGCAUAUGCCGGCAGAAUCCUAGUAACACCCCAAUACAGCCAACCACCCCUGAUGGCUUGGACACUACGCUCGACAACAUUCGAAAACCACGAUCAUGAAUCCGAGACGUUUUACUUCUUAGUGACCACAAUGUCUCAUGGCCCUACUUCGUUUCCCACUAAACCAUUGCACGGCGAGAGCAGUCUAAUACUGCGGAAUUGGUAGAGGUAUUGAUCUCAUAUCGAGACCACUUGGUAUCCUUAUACAUUAUUAUCGAUAUUCAACUGCUAUCGCCUGAACUCUCUUCGUCCGAACUGUCAAACCCCCCAAAUUCCUCUUCAUCAUCUCCGGAGUCAUCCUCCAAGUCCGUUGGCGGUUGCAUCAGAAACGCCUUCAUACAUGUAAUCCUGCUGCUGGUCGCAUAGGUUCCGAUCACUCUGCCUAGCUGUGCGGGCUUAGGGCUUUGGGUAGCGUUGAUCAGGUCGGAUGUAUCAAUGUGUAAUAGGCGGAUUGUGCCGUCACUGCUUGCUGUAACAAUAAUCAUGUCUUUUGCCGCCGAAGACGCGGUAGGUAGCAGAAUGAUCUCAAAAUCUUUGAUACGGACACUGAUGCCUACAGACUUGCCACCAAUUGAG